AUGUUCAACUCUCCUUCGACGAGGGCAACUCCCCGGAAGGCAGCUUCCAGAGCUUCUGUUGCACGAUCAAGACAUCAGACACCUUCCAUUUUCUCUGAAUCAGCCUCACUCGCUCAAGCUCCUACACCUUCCAUCAGAUCAUCUAGAUUAGCCGUAGUAAAACGAGGAGCAUCUCCAACAUCUUCUGCUGGAGAUACAGUACGUACCACUAGGAUUGAUGAGGGAUAUGAGAAGGACAGAGUGUUUUGGAGUAGAGAUGAAAGGCAUCUUGUGGCUAGUUUAGGUCAAGUACCAAAAGAAGUCGCUUCACUUAUAAGAGGAUCUGAUCUCGUUGUAAAUCCCAUAGCAGGUCAUGUUGAUCCACAAAGUGGAUUUGCGAUGGUUUCAAGCCCUUCCACCUGUAUUGCGUGGAACUAUACAAAGCGCACACAUUCUGCACCCACAACAUACACCUUCCCUUCACCUCCCGCCUCAUAUUCCAUAACUUCUACACAACCACCGACACUAGCAGUUUUGUACACAGGUUCAUCCUCUUCAGAACCAGGGAUGGUCCUUGUGUCGACGACCGGGGAGAUCCGUUUUUGGGAAAGUAUGAGCUUGGCAUUAGCGAAUGUGGAUAGAUAUCAGGAGAUUUACGUUGAACUGGGAGAGGACGAUUUCAUUGAGCGAUUGUGGACAAUCGAUGGAAAUAACUUUCUUCUCACCACGACAACAUCUCUUGCAUUCCGACUCACGAUAUCUGCCUCCGGCGGAAGACUUGUUCCUAGUUUGACGAGCUUGACCAGACCGGGAGGGAUGUUUGGUCGCGCCUCAGCACAGAUAUUCAACGUACGAGAAGACAGGGAAGGAAUCUCAUCAGUCACUAGUGCCGGGGGGUAUGUGUAUAUCAUGGCUCAGAGAAUGAUACAAAAAUGGGCUUUUGGGCAUGACGGUCAAAAGUUCAUACAGGAAUUCGAUCUUCACGAGACAGCUGGCAGUUGGCUGUUUGACAACUGGUCAAAUGGAAACGUUUCUCUAGAAUUGAAUGACGUCGUCUCAUGCGGCCAAGACGAGCUUGCUGUCCUCAUCUCCUACGUGGAACAGCAAUCCGGUACAUCAGGUUAUCCCAGAUUACACAACUCUCACGCUAUUGUCAUCUUUGCUAUUCAUCCUCGAUCUCAAACUCUCAUGGUGUCUAGAGUAGUUGAUGUAUCUUACCUAGCUCAUUCCGACCCUAGAAUGCUUGAUGUGCCGAGAUUGCUUGUACCACUCGGAAGUUCCAUGGCAUUUAUCAGGUUUGCAGAAGUUGUAUUGAUGGUUUCGUUAGAUGAAAGUGCACCAUAUGAGGAAGCUAUCACUCUGAAAGAUUCUGGUCGAAAUGCCUUCAUUGGUGCAGGCUGCAUUGCUCCAUCAUCGUCCAAGAAAGGUUCAACCGUCCCAUCGAUAGUUGCUAUCCCAGCUUUAGGCGGAUUAAUGUCUAUAGAAGCUCUUGAUUACGGCGGUCCCUCAGAAUCACUUACGCAACUUUCAUCUGCGACGGCGAGAUUGAAAUCAAAGAUGGAACAAGCUGUAUUCUUUGGCGAGCGAAGCGAUAAUCCAUUGUCAUUCGAUUUGCCAGCAGGUUUCCAGGGUAAUUUGGCAGAAGCUGCAGAGAUCGUAUCAGCGGAGAUUGUAUCAUCAAGCUCACCAUAUAUGGCUGGAAUAUUCGAGCUUCGACCUCAUCUCAGUGACAGAUUACUCAGACUGAAAGAGCUUAUGAAUUUCAUCAGAAACAAUGGUCUUCUCACUAUCAUUCCUCAAGCAACUAGGAGAAGAUUAUCUCGAGAUGCAGAAAAAAUAAAAGGUGCUAUCGAAUUGUGGGACUACCAAAACAAACAUAUGGAUCAAAUCCACAGUCGAUCUCCUCAAUCACUCUUGUCAGACUCCAUUCUGACUUAUAUGAACCAAGCGGAUGUUGUUGAAGAAGAGGAUUUCGUAAGGUUAUUCUUCCGAACACAGGUGCAAAACCUCCAUAGACUCCUAGAAAUAGUAUUUGUCACUGCUCGAGCUUCACUAGAAUCAGCGAAUCGCAAUGAUCUAUCUUCGUGGAUAACGGAAGCAAAUCGAAUAUUCAUUAUUGUUGAACGAGCCGCUGCUCAGUAUCGUGAAGAAGAAUUGUAUACGUACGAGAUUGAUCGUGAAAGGCCUGUUGUGGAGAUAUGGACAGCUCAGGAUUCACUUAUCGAAGCUCUUGACUUUCUAUAUACCACCACUGAAGCACUGAUCAAAGAAAGAACUCGAGAUCUGGGAUCAGUCAUCGAUGAACCACCAUCUGACGUCGUUGAAGCAGCAUUGAAGAGGGAGCAACAACAACAGUCUAGACUCAAAGGACAAAUGGCUAUUCUCGCAGCUGCGCUAUGUACCAACAUGGAAGACAAAUGCCGUGCGACAUCCAGAAGGGAAAUAGAGGAAGGCGCAGAUCCUCAAGAAGGUAUAACGUUGAGGGAAAAAUGGGCGGAAAUGAAACCGAGAGUCAUCAGACCACUAGUGGGCAUCGACCGAUUAUCUGAGGCUUACGAGUUGGCAGAGAACCAUACCGACUAUCUUACAUUGGUAAUAUUAUGUCAUGAGCAGUCAGGUCCCGACACCGCUAGAUUACAACGUUAUAUCGAAAGAUUUGGAGAAGAAUUCGCUUUCGUACUGUAUCAAUGGUAUAUCGAUCAAGGCCAAGCAUACGAGCUUUUGAACCAGGACGAAGUCUAUGGUGUACUGGUCACUCGUUUCUUCGCAGAGCAUGACUAUCCUGAGCUUGCUUGGAUGCAUCACCUCGCGUUUAGAAGAUACGACGAAGCUGCCGGAUCACUGAAGGCUGUAUUGAGAGAUGAAGGAACAAAGGGAUUGAAUCAACAACAUCUGGUAGGAAGUAUCGCCAAACUUGCAGCAAUAGCGGAUGUGAGAUCCAAAGGUGUUUCGGAGCAGAGGAAACGAUUACUGCUGGAACUCGAUGAUGAGCUCGACCUCGUCAAUAUCCAAUCUGCACUACUGGAUUACCUUUCUCCUUCAGGACGACAAAAAGCCACUAAACUUCAAGACCAAAUUACCCUCCUGGCUGAUCGACCAGCAUUCAGGAACCUUUUCACUAAUCUCGCCCAACAACUGAUAUCAGGUUCAGCACUGGACAUAGAGGGACUGAUAGACGUAUUAACGCUGAAAGAUAACUUUGAAAGGACACGAGACGCCGCUUUAGCUUUGGAAAGAUUGGUCGGCGACACUGCAUUACCGGAUGGGCGAAAACAAGUUGCCGUGCUGACGAUAUGGAGGAGAGUGUACAUCCGAGAUGAUUGGGCUUCAAUCUCUAAUACUUCAGGACGAAGUGAACAAGCUCAAAGAGCAAAAGUACGAAAUACACUCGCAUACCAAACCAUAAAAUCGGUGAAUGACGAUAAAGAUUUCCCGCCCAAUUUCAUCCUUUCACCAUUUACAGCUUCCCAACCACCUCUCCCUGCAGAACUGGCCGCUCGAUUCCCUUCAUUCUCAGCGGAAGACAUAGCCUCGUUAAUGGCCGACCAUGAAAAUGAAAUUGAGCUUUUGAAUAGAUACCUCGGUGAAAACGCUCUGGAAGAGAGGAUAAGGGAAGUAGCGGAGUUGGUCAAGAAUGACCGAGAGGAUGAAAAGCGAGAAAUGGUUGAUGUCGAUAUUGUAAUGUAA